AUGAAGCUCAACACUAUCAUCCUCUUCUCCCUCGUUGGCAUUGCCACCUCUUUCGCUACCCCCCUCAAGGGCAGCCAGGAGGACAACAACAUCGCUGCUCGUGCUGACAAUGCCAUGCUCGGCCAGGCCUGCGGCAAGCACGGCGAGUGCCCCGAGCAUUACGAGUGUCUCAAUAACUGGUGUCGCUGCAAGCCUUUCCACCUUUUGACCUGCGGGAUAACAACCGCGCCGCUUUCCAACUUCGAAAUGUUCCUGCAAUGGCUAUAUCUCGGCCGUGUAGAGCUCGACGACGAAGCCCCAGAAGACCGAAUCGCCGCUGCCAUAGAACUCGCGAGGCUGGCAGACAUGCUGGGGUCAAGCGGACUGGAGGCUCAGAUGGCGGAGUUGAUCAAGGCAGCUAUUAUCGACGACUCGGAGAUUCCAAAUCCGGACAGCGGGGAGCAAACGAGUACUACAGAGCAUGUCACACCACAGCACAUUUCUGCAGCCAGGAACUUGCCCAAGGGACAUGCGGUGCGCCUUAUGUUUGCCGAAGCAGCCGUCGAGGGAUUCCUUCACUCCGAUCGUUUCAAGUUCCUCAACGAGCUGCAGGAAAAUCCCGACUUCGCUUCGGAUCUUCUCCAAGAGUUGGGGAGUGCCCUGAAGACUGCUUCCGGGGGCCACUACGCUACCUAUCUAGAUCCUUUCAGCGGCAGAAAGCUAGACUUCCAUCUAGACCAAGACGAUUAG